AUGCAAACCCCUUCAGAGAAUACCGACGUCAAGUUGGGUACACUCAACGAACCUAGUGCACAUUUAAUCGAGGAAAACGUGGCUCUUCCUAAGGAAAUAUUUCACUCGCACUUAAGUUAUUCGAUCUAUGAAAUGGCUCACUGUACACCAAUCAAGAUUUUGGCCCUGGUAAUCGGCGUUUUGGUUUUGAUAAUUAUUUUUUUCCAUGAUAACGACGUUUGCACUAUAAUCUCAGGGAUAUCCCUUUUAACAUCUAUUAUCAUUUUAAUGAUCGUAUUGAUUGCAGUGUCGGUAGAGAUCAGUGAUAGGGAUUUCAAAAUUAAACUUUUAUUAGAAGUCAUCACACGCAAGCCAGCGGGAAAAGGAUGGAGAGCUGUUGCAUACAAUAUGAAUCAGUAUCUUUUUGAUGAAGGGCUGUGGUAUACUCCAUAUUACUUCUACUGUGGUCGAAAAUGCCAGUGUUACUUCAAUGGUCUCAUCAAAAUCAAAGAGCUCAACACAUAUCCAAGUUCGUCUAUGAACGAUGAAGAGAAUACGCAGCCAGGCGCACAGCCAGACAUGUCAGCAAAUGAGGUAGCAAGAUCUUAUAUUUAUAGCCCUGACCCAAUUUUAGAAGCAUAUUUUGUCAAAGCAGCUGAAAUUGAUAAAGAAGCCCAGCGUGAGUAUUGGAAAAGGCAAUACCCAGAGGCUGCUUUACCUUAG